AUGGCUGAAUCUAAACCCCUCCGAUAUGUUGAUAUUGGUAUCAACUUGAGUGAUCCCGUUUUCCGCGGUGAAUAUCACGGAAAGCAAGCACACGAAGACGAUCUCGACGACGUUAUCCAGCGUGCUCGUGAUGUAGGCUGCUCAAAGUUCAUGGUAACCGGCUCAGAUCUUGUAGAAUCGAAGCACGCUGUCCACGUCGCCAGCAAAUACCCGGGCUUUUGUUAUGCAACCGUUGGUGUGCAUCCAUGCCAAGCAAAACUCUUCGACGAAUACCCAGAGGGUCCGUCAAAAAUGCUGGAGGAGCUUCGCGCUCUAGCAAUUGAAUCCUCACAAUCCGGCCACGCCGUCGCAUUUGGCGAAAUCGGCCUUGAUUAUGACCGAUUGUUCCUGAGCCCCAAAGAGCCCCAGCUUAAAUAUUUUGAGGCCCAACUAGACCUGGCUGUUGAGAUUCAGCUUCCUUUAUUCCUCCACUCCAGAGCUGCAAGCGAGGACUUUGAGAGACUCCUUGCCCCAAGGCUUGCCAAGCUUCCCAAGCGGGGACUUGUGCACAGCUUCACGGGGACAAUGGAUGAAAUGAACCGGAUGAUUGCGCUGGGUCUUGACGUCGGUGUUAACGGGUGCAGUAUGAAGACCGAGGAGAAUCUGGAGGUUGUCAAAGCUAUUCCACUCGACCGACUUCAAAUCGAAACUGAUGGGCCAUGGUGUGAAAUUCGUCCGUCUCAUGCAUCUGCAAAACACCUAGGCGGUGCACCGGAUCUGCCGAAGGCUGUGAAGAAGGAGAAAUGGCAGAAGGGGUGUAUGGUGAAGGGCCGGAAUGAGCCUGUCGCCAUCGCUCGUGUUGCUCAUGUUAUUGCUAGCGUCAAGGGUAUCACUGUAGAGGAAGUUUGUGAAGCUGCUUGGAACAACUCUAUUAGAAUGUUUGGAUUGGGCGAGGAGUCGCCUUGA